ACUAGUAAAUGACAGCCUCUUAGCGCCAGCGGCUAUGCAUGCGUUAGGCUGCGCUCCUCCGCCCAUAUAACAAUCCCCAUUUGUCACGGCUUGAACCCCAUUCUUUCCCCUCUUUGUGUUGGUAAGCUCUGGGCGUACUAUCAGAGUAGUUCUCGCCAUGGACCUCAGCUCCGUAGACACGCCGCAACCGCCCGAAGUAACCAUCUUCGCAGAUGAUAGUAUGGCCUAAACCCCCUACCUAACCUUACUUUUCCCCUCUUUACCACAGUGCUGAUUAGCUUCAGACACCGGUCUAUUGCGACCGCAAGAGACAGUUGACUUGGAGGCAUUUUUGAGUUCACCUCAACGAUCGUCCACCCAAGUGAUCUUCGCCCAACAUAAAUCGCUGGAGGAAUACGACGCCCAUCUCAGCCUGCCCACUGAUUACCGGAACACGUUCACCGCGGACCUGAACUCCUCGUUCCACACCGAGUAUGGCUUUACCGGGAGCGCAAUCACCCACCACAUCUCAUGGUCCCUGUUUAAGAUCAAGAUGGUCGAAGAACCGGGCAAAUACGCCUGGAUCCAGGCUUCCGUCUUCAUCAACUGGGAUCUGCAAGCUAAUCAGCAAAGAAUCUUCUUCGUUGAUGUCCCCGAUGCGGAACGCAAGCAGCUCGAGCAAACCUUUCCCGCCCGCGACAUGAGCGAUCGGAACCCGUAUAUCUGGCACGCGGUAUUUGCGCACGCAAUGUCGAGUCUAUACCACGACUCGUUUUGGAAGCAGCGGAAUGUCAUCAGGGAAAUAGAGAGGAUCCGAAAUGCAGACAGCGAGAACCUGCCCAAGUUCCUGAAGGGCCUCAACGAUAGCGCCCGCCAUGCCGUGCAUCUGAAUGAGACCAUGGAGGUCGCCGAGCAUACCAUGAACAGGCUGCUUACGGAGCACUCACGCUGGAGAGAUGAGUUCCCCGAGUAUGUGAUGGGCGAGAACAAUGCCGUCCGCGGCACAUUCUUCCAGACGAGGCAGAAAUUGGCCUUCGCCGCGAAAGAAAUCCAUUCCGCUAGGGUUAGGUCUAGGACUCUGUCUGAUCGGUUGGCGAGCGAGAUUCAACUCGCCAACACCCUCGUCUCCCACCAAAUGAGCCGCCACACCCGCUACGACAGCAUGGUAAUGAAGACCAUCAGCUUCGUGGGCAUGAUAUAUCUACCGGGGACAUUUGCUUCCGGCAUCUUCGGCUCCAACUUCUUCGACUACCAAUCCGGCGAAAAGGAGUCGUGGGAAAUGUCCCACAAGUUCUGGCUGUACUGGGUUGUGACCAUUCCGUUGACGCUGGCGACUUUUGCCGUCUGGGCGUUGUGGCAUUAUCGGGCGAAGUUUGGGGGCUUCCCCCGUAGAAGACGUAUAGGGGAUGCUAGUGAGAAGGUUUGAGUUGAUUUGAUUGGGUUUUCUUUUUUGGAUAUUGGGUAUUGUAUUGGGUGUUGGGUGUUGAGUCUUGGGUAUAUAAUCUACGACUUAAAUUGCCCGGAGUUGUUUGUUACUAGUGCUAUAUACCACGG